GAGUGGAAUGCAAAUUAUCAGAGAGAGCGAGAGAGAGAGGCGCAUCAGGACUGUUGUAGCUGCUAGCCUAACUGUUCAUAGUUCAGUGUUCCUUGUCCCGCUCUUACUCUAAUGCGUAUUUGCAUCUGAGGCCAGCAACAAAGGAAUUUCCUCAUGAGUUGAGAAGAGAGACUCCAAAAUUAUGACAAUGAGUUUCUUUGGAAAAUUAAAGAACCUACACAGUGGGCCUCCAGCUCCACCCAAAAGAAUAGAGAACAAUGCGGGGUAUGGUGGCUGGCCAGAAGAUGAGUUUGACGAUGAGGAUGGGAACACAUAUGAGGCUCCCCCCUGUGAGCGACCGGCCAUGAAGGUUCCUCCCAGACAUGUGGAGGAGAACGUCUAUUUGGAUAGUUCUUCAGAGAGGUCCAAUCGUGUUCUUCCCAAAAGGCAGGCAGCUCCGCCCCCAAGGCCAGCCAAGAUGGCGCCCAUGAGCAAAGCAUCGAAACAGCAGCCUCACCAUCAGCCUGACCCUGAGGAGUUCUACAUCGACCCCAACACCAAGAAACCUCCUGAGGUAGACAGGAAGGAGAAGCCAGGGAAAAGGUCUACUCCUAAGAAGUCUGCCCCUCCUCCUUCCCGCCCUGCCCCUGCUCCCACCCCUCCCCCUGCAGAGGAAGAUGUCUACCUGGAUCCUAAUGAAGGACAGGCAGACAGUGAUGACCUGUAUCUGGAGCCCACAGCAGCUUGCCCCCCUGCUCCUCGCGGGCCCAUAAGGAUGCCCCUCCUACCCAAGACAGCAAUUUCCCCUCCCCCCAUGCCCAUAAAACCUCCAGUGCCCAGAGCCAAGUCGAGUUCUCUACUGGUCAGUGAGGCAAAGACAGCUCCUCCGCCUGAUGUGAAACGCUCCUCGUUCCCUGGCAAGCUGCCCCCACCCACCCCAGGCAUCAAACCCCCCCUCCCCGCAUCCCUAAAGGAACCCAAACCCAGCCCCCCUCCCCCGCCCACUAUAGACACUACCGCAGCAGUUUCUCCCUCUGGUAUGAAGACAACCAUGCAGGCAGGAAAGGAGGAGAAAGAGUGGUUCGCCGGAAACUGCAAUAGAAAGACUGCUGAGGACCUCUUACUGCAGAUCAACAAGGACGGGGCAUUCCUGAUACGUCGCAGUUCAGCCCAGAACGCCCGUCAGCCCUACACACUGGCUGUCCUAUACAGACAGAAGGUCUAUAACAUCCCCAUCCGCUUCCUGGAGGAGACGCGCGGCUACGCCCUCGGAAAGGAGGGCAAGAAGAAUGAGGAGUUUUUCAGUAGUCUCCAGGAGAUCAUCUCUCACCACAAGAAUAACCAACUGCUGCUGAUCGAUAGCAAGAGUCAGGCCAAGCACACCACGUAUCUCACCCAUCCAGCCCAUCCAUAAACUGCAUUAUCCAUAACCCCCAUACAAUAUAUAUCACCCAUCCAGUCCAUCCAUAAACUGCAUUAUCCAUAACCCCCAUACAAUAUAUAUCACCCACCCAGCCCAUCCAUAAACUGCAUUAUCCAUAACCCCCAUACAAUAUAUAUCACCCACCCAGCCUGACCAUAAACUGCAUUAUCCAUAACCCCCAUACAAUAUAUAUCACCCAUCCAGCCCAUCCAUAAACUGCAUUAUCCAUAACCCCCAUACAAUAUAUAUCACCCACCCAGCCUGACCAUAAACUGCAUUAUCCAUAACCCCCAUAUAAUAUAUAUCACCCAUCCAGUCCAUCCAUAAACUGCAUUAUCCAUAACCCCCACACAAUAUAUAUCACCCACCCAGCCUGACCAUAAACUGCAUUAUCCAUAACCCCCAUACAAUAUAUAUCACCCACCCAGCCUGACCAUAAACUGCAUUAUCCAUAACCCCCAUACAAUAUAUAUCACCCAUCCAGUCCAUCCAUAAACUGCAUUAUCCAUAACCCCCACACAAUAUAUAUCACCCACCCAGCCUGACCAUAAACUACACUACACUACUAUAGGGUGGCAGGUAGCCUAGCGAUUACAGCGUUGGGCCAGUAACUGAAAGGUCGCUGAUUUGAAUACCUGAGUCGAUGAGGUGAAAAAUCGGUCAAUGUGCCCUUGAGCAAGGCACCUCAUUUGCUCCAGGGCCACCGUGCUACUAUUGCUGACCCUGUAAAAAAAACACACACUUCACUGCACCUGUACAUUUCACUUCGCUGUAUGUGACAAUAAACAACAUUUUUUCAUAACUCACAGAAAUGUGUAUCUCACCUACACCAGCCCAUUCAUAAAGUACAUUAAAUGAUACCAUUAAUAACUAAAUACAUUUCAUAACUUGGAAAUACUACCUUCAAUAGUCAUGUUCCUCACCACAACAUAUCCAUUGCAAACCCUCAUUUUUGUUUUGUGAUGAAAAUGGCUAGAAGUGUACAUAUUACCGUAUAUCUGUGUACUGUAUGUGUUUGUGUGUUUAAGUAUGCUGUAAUUACAUCUGUAUGACUUUAUUACCCUAUUUUUGUUUUAAAAUAGAUUAAUUUUAAAAUGCUUGCACCUGAAUAGAGUAGUGAGUAGUCUAUGAAAAGGUAUAUUCAAUACCUCAUUCUUGCUCUGACUCUUUAUGCAGUGCUUGUUUCAGUGAGUGAUGGGGAAUUCAAUUGUGUGUCUACACCUGUGUUGUGACUGAAUACUGUGUAAGUGGGCCAUCUGUAAGUUUCUAUUUAUAUAAUAAUAUAGUCUGAAAUAUUUUGAAA